GCCCCUCCCCCACUCCGACUUCCAGGCGAUUUCGAGCCUGCUCUGCAACAUAGUCUGCACCACGGCGCAUGCGCUCAGAGUCGAUCAUGACACAAAUGUUACUGCGCCACCGAUUCCAGAACCGGCCAGUGCGGCGUGUGGAGAGAGACGCAGGCGCCCAAGACGUCGUUACUGUCACUGGUGAUAAAACUACCCAGACUCCGCAGGAGGCGGAGAGCCUCCGCUCCGAGGCCUCGUCAUGUUCCAGAACGUUCCCACCGACCGCGCCGGAGCAGCGGAAAGGAUGACGUCAAGUGCCCGUUACUGCCCCGCUCUUGUCACACUAUACCUUUAGCCUGAGUUCACGCGUUAAAUACUCACCGCCGGACGACGCGUCAGUAACUGCCCGCUAACACAGGAAAGGCUUCGGGUCAUUUUAUUCGGUGAAACAAACCGCGCGGCUCAACGCGCCGCGGCACCGGGGCGGAAGACAGAUCGUCCGACACAUACCCACGUAUACCACCCGGCAGACGUACGCCGGAGCUCGCUGGGGCACGGGCGACCACGUGACCCGCCCCCGCCAAUGAGAACAGGCGCCUGCGUGUUUUGCUGGGUUUUUCUUGGAGACGACGGGCGACUGGGAUGUUUUCAAAACCAGUCGUAAACGUCAUACGGUCGUAGGCCACGGUAGACGUCCGACGCUCGGGAGACAACUGUUCGUGUCGCGCAGUUUUCAAUCGCACCCGCGUCCAGAUGCCUCGGCGAGAACACACGGGUCCAUUUUAAAGGUGCAUGAUGAACCUACUGCGCUGCAGCUGUCACAGCUAGUCAGGCGCCCGCACCAUGGCCAAACCCGGGAGCGACCGAGAUGGAGCCAUGGUGGACAAGCAGGCGGGGAAGAAGAGCAAAGACAAGUUAUCUCCUUUCACCAAAACGCCGAAGCUUGACCGGAGUGAACUGUCAGGGAAGGAAGGGAAAGCCAAGUCUUCCAUGAAGCGCAAGCUAUCCUUCACAGCCAGCCCGCCCCGGACAGAGGAGCGAGACUCGGACACGGAUGACUCAGACCCCGGGCAGUCGAGUGAGGCCUGGGGAGAGAGAUUAGUGCCUCCCUGCAGGAUAUACGCAGAUAAAGAUGGACCAGACAAGAAGAAGGUGAAAAAGGAGGCUGGAGCCAAGAAGUCGCAGGCUCCCAAGCUUCUGUUUGGGUACCCUCUGUCAGAGCGCAAGCAGAUGGCUCUCCUGAUGCAGAUGACUGCCAACAGCCCAGACUCCACUCCCAGCCAUCCCUCGCAGGCAACACCUGUGCAGAAGAAAGUGCCCAGCAGUGCCUCGUCCAGGCAAAAGGACAAGGUCAACAAAAGGAACGAGCGAGGGGAGACGCCCCUUCACAUGGCAGCCAUCCGCGGCGAUGCCAAGCAAGUCAAAGAGCUCAUUAGCCUGGGGGCCGACGUCAAUGUGAAAGACUUUGCCGGCUGGACUCCUCUUCAUGAAGCCUGCAACCUUGGUUACUAUGAUGUGGCUAAGGUACUAAUAGCAGCAGGUGCGGAGGUCAACACGCAGGGUCUAGAUGAUGACACGCCGCUCCACGAUGCGUCCAGCAGCGGACAUAAAGAUAUCGUGAAGCUGCUCCUACGACACGGCGGUAAUGCGUUCCAGGCCAACAAGCGUGGGGAGCGGCCAGUGGACGUGGCAGACUCCCAAGAGUUGGAGCAGCUGUUGAAGGGAGAGGGGCCCCUGUCAGAUCAAGAGGACAGCUUAUCAGAGUCUGAGGACCCACCGUCUGUCAAUCCAUCCAGCAUGGAUGAUGAUAACAUGGAGGACUCUGAAGCUGAGAAGGACUCGGACGGCAAAGCAACCAUGACAAAGGCAUCAUCCUCAACAUUGGGGCUGGAUGAGUAUGAGUUCAAGGACGAGGAAGAGGAGGAGGACCUGAGCAAAGCCCUGAAGGAUAGGCACAUCCUCAGGAGGGAGCUACGGCAGAGAGAGAAAGAGGACAAAGAUAGGAAUCAUGUUGCAGGAAAGCAGGCCAGCAGGGGGGACACCUCCUCCACCUCCUCUAAGUCCAAAAAGCAAAAGACUUCCCGUGUUUUGCUCUGCACCUCAGACACUUCUGGCGAUGAAAUAGAAAACCUUGCAGAGAAGAGGAAUUCGCCCACCUGCUCCCAGAGUAUGGAAGGCCUCAAAUCGGACAACUGGUCUAAAAAGGAGAACGCAGAGCAAAAGGACAAGGGCAAAGUGAAGAGAAAGUGCAAAAGUCAAAACAAAAAUAAAGAAAACCAAGAGGAUGGCAAAGAGAACAGCAAAGCUCUGGUGUUCUCAGUGGCGACAGUUUCGGAGUGUGCUGACAAAACCCGGGAAGAAGACUCCUUUAAAAUGUCUUUCAGUCCCAAAGAUGACUCGUCCGUCCACCUUUUCCACUUGUCGUCUGUCAAGUCCCCCAAGGUGAACCAUGGCAUAUCAGACAAGCAGACAACGCCACUGAAACAAGAAAAUGCUAAGAUGUGUAUGUCCAUCAACGAUGGCUCUUGUCCUAUGGAUGGUGUCAAAUACAACCACUACACAGAAGCAGACUACUGCACCGAAGGCUCCAGCACAAAGGGGUGCAAGCACAAGGAAAAGAGUAAGCAUCAGCAAAAAGACCCCAACAUAGAUGGGGAUGACGGGUGCUCUAGCCCCUACAGGGAAGUUAGUGUAGGAAACAGCAUUGACAGCACUGAGGCUGCUUUGCGCAAGACUGACAUAGAGGGCAAAGUGGUCAAAAAGCAUAAGCUAAAACACAAGGAGAAAGACAAACACAGGAGGGAUUAUGAGGCAGAGAAGAGCCGCCACAGGCAAAAGGAGGCCAGGAAAGAUGGCCACAGGAAUUUGGAGUUUGACAGAGAGUUCUGGAAAGAGAAUUUUUUCAAAAGCGACGAGGGCGAUGAACCUCUUCCAGUGAAAAAAGAGGGUGAGGACGGUGGCUCGCCUCAGAAGACCUCAGACAGCUCUCCGGUCAAGGAAGAGAGAGUCAUGAAAGAGAAGCACUCCUGUGGCAAGGAGAAAAGGCAGAGAGAGGAACGGGAAAAGGACAAGGCCAUCAAAAAAGAGCGAAAGGAGGAGAAAGGAAAGGACCCAAAGCUAAGCGAGCGUGACGAGAGAGUGGACUGCCACAGCUUGGGGCGGGUUCCGGAGGAGUCUCUGCAGAACACCAGCAUGAAAGAAGAGCCCGAAGACAAGCCUGUAAGUGCAAUCGCUGCUGAUCAAGACCAGCUGGAGCCGUCAGAAAAAGGCACACGUGAGAGAAAUGACAAGAGGCCCCCUGGAAAGGAAAAGGAGGCAGAAAAGAUGGAUAAAAGACAUUCUGACAAGGAAAAAAAGGUCAAAACUGAGCACCCUGACAAAGGAGAACCACAGAAUUCACUGGAUCGCUGGAAGGAAAAAGAGCGCACCGCAGCCAGUUCUUCCCACUCGCCUGGGGAUAAAAACCACAGAGACGGUGAAAAACUACGAUGCUUGUCCGCAGCAAAAAAGCAUGAAGAGGGCAGGAAAAACAAAGACAAGGUGGACAAACGGAGCGAUAGAGAGAGGCAGGAGAGGGAACACAGCGGGGGCGAGCACAGAGAGAAAGAGAGAACAAACUCUGACAAAAAAGGAAAAUCUCAAGAGAAGACCGGAGAACAUAUUAAAUCUGACCGGUCAAAAGAUAAGGAAAAAGAUUGUGACAAGAAAAAGAAAGAUAAAAUGAAAGACUGCGUUGUGUCCUCCAACUUAAAAUCACUCUUGGAGGAAAAGAAGAGCUAUGCAUCUGAAACUGGCAAGUCUGUGUUGACAAAAUCAAAGGAUGAAGAUGUCAAAACGCCAGAGAAGGAUCGUGACCGCAGAGAGCGCGACAGGGACUUUGAAAGGUACCGAGAUAAAGAUAAGGACAGGCACAAAGACCGCUCCCAACAAGGCAAGGUCAGUAAAACCAAACCCAAUGAGAUUGAGACAGACAGAAUGAAACCAAAAGUCUCACCAGCAGCUCGAGAUGCUCGACCCAAAGAGAUAAGGCUGGUGAACGAUGACUUAAUGCAGACCAGCUUUGAGCGCAUGCUCAGCCUGAAGGAUCAGGAAAUUGAGCAGUGGCAUCGGAAGCACCUGGAGAAAAUCAAACAGAAAGAGCGGGAAAGACUAAAACAGCGACCCUUGGUAGACCCUGGAAAGACCAGGAGUAAAGAUAAAACAAAGACUCAGCCAUGCCUGAGCAAAGAGCUAUUGCGUUCUAAAAGCUCAGAAGCCUCUGACACCCACAGCAAAGACAAAUCCCUCAAGGAUGUUACCAGCUCCAGAACAAUGUCCCUGGAUGGGAGGUGCCUGCCAGCUAUUGGUGCAAAAGCCAUAGCUGGUAUAGAGAACAGCCUAAGCAGGUCACCCAGGCCAGAGAGUGAGCGGACAGGCCUGAUUUCUAGAUCUGUCUCCAUGGUUUCCGUUGCCAGCUCAGAGGAUUCAUGUCAGGCCACGAUGCUAAAUCCCAAGCCUGCUGAGUAUGACUCUGACCUCAACCUAGAAGUCUAUGACCCUCAGCCUCCUUUGCUUCAGUCUUCCCUUGCCUUACAGGCUACCAGGUCACCAUCUGUUCAUGAUAAAGAGUGCAACAGUCCUCCAGAUGUGCAACAGAGUAACCGGACGCCACUGUCUAGCAGACAUGAAUCUCCUUACCUCAGGGCUAUUCUCGAUGAGGAUGCCAGCUCAAUGUCUGCCGAUGGGAAACCUGUUGAAAACCUGCCAAAAGUCAGCUUGCCUGCUAAACCAGCAGAGGACACAAGACCACCAGAACCUUUGGUACAUACAGACGAGAUCCUUCGAAGUCAGUACUCAAUACAGCAACAAAGUGUCAAGUCAGAGGUUGAUUCUAUCACAGAAAUGGAGAAGACCACUCCUGGCAGUUUCAGUUCACAAACGCCUAUAAGGGAUGCUUCUAGUAAUGAACUGACAAUUCCAUUGUCCAGCCUCUCUCAGGCUAGUAUUCCUCAGUCAGAUCAGAGAGCUCCUUCCUCCUCCAGUCUUCCUGUAGUAAGGGAAGUCCUUUGUCCAGUGGAGAAUGCCAGUAGUGAGGCAGAAUGUAGUGAUAAGGAUUUGACAUCUGAUGCCAUUGUGGUAGCGUCAGCUUGUCUGUCUGUCGAGCAGUCAGCAGCCCCUAACUUAAAGACUCCCCUACAAAGCAGUAGUCUGCUGAAGGAAUCCCUUACCUGCACCACUACAGAGAGCUCACAGCAAGUAGAAUCAGUUAGAGAACAAGACUCUGACCAAAAAGAAAAACUUCCAGAGACUGCUGCAGACUUUGAUGAAAUAGUAGGACAUGAGAGCCUUGAGUUUGGUGUCUCAGAAGGCCUCAAAACAGAGAGGAUGGGCAGUCCUGUUCCAUCCACUAGUACACACAUUCCCAGUUCUACCACAGAGGAAUCCAUGCCAGGCUUUGGCAAAGCAACCUCCGAGCCCAAGUGUACCCAGGAGGACACAGAUGUAAAUAACCAAGACUGCAAGAAACCAAGAACUUCCAUGGACAUGGUUGGAGGCUCAUGUCAUGAUCCUCAGGUGGAUAAUAAGGACUGUGUUUUCCCAGUGUCAUCCUCCACAUUUCAUGUUGUUAGUCCUGAACACAAGGCAGAUGAGAUGAUAGAUGUUCCACAGCACACGGAUGACAACAGCAGCAGCAUGGAAACCUCUGUGGCAACUGAGGGUUCCGCAGCCGAAGGCAGCCUGCUAACAGAAGGUGCUCCUGAAUCAAGAGUAGAGUCAAGUUCUGAGCCAAUGGACAUGGCCCCUGACGAGGACGGGGUAGAGUCAUCUUUGGCUCCAGCAGACCAGAGUCAGUGCAAUGUUCAGCCUGCAGCUCAGUCUGAACAGGGUGGCUGUUCAUCAGGGGGCUCGUCUCCAUGCACUGGAGACUCUGACUCUUCAGGGGCCAAAGCCAAGGUCCGCUCUGCAGAUGACGAGAUGGAUGUCCCCGUUCCCCAUCCACGCAAGAGGAAGAUGCCCAAGAUGUCAACCUCCCAGGGCUGCCCUGCAAUUCAACAAGGGAGGGAGAAGGGCCAGCAGUCCCUUGCCGCUAUUUUGGACUCUGUAAAGCUAGAAGAGAUAGAACCCUACCAGACAGAGAGGGCCAACCCUUACUAUGAGUUCCUGCACAUCCGCAAGAAGAUUGAGGAGAAGCGCAAAGUGUUAUGUAGUGUCACUCCUCAGCCACCGCAGUAUUAUGAUGAAUACGUGACUUUCAAUGGAUCCUACCUCUUAGAUGGAAAUCCCCUCAGCAAGCUCUGUAUUCCAACAAUAACUCCACCUCCGUCGUUACCAGAGCAGCUGAAGGAGAUGUUCAAACAGCAAGAGGUUGUGCGUAUGAAAUUACGCCUGCAACACAGCAUUGAAAGGGAAAAGCUGAUUGUUUCAAAUGAGCAGGAAGUCUUACGAGUCCAUUAUCGGGCAGCAAGAACACUAGCCAACCAGACGCUCCCUUUCAGUGCCUGUACAGUUCUGUUGGAUGCAGAAGUAUACAACAUGCCUCAGGAUGUCCAGAGUGAUGAUGGCAAAACCUCAGUGAGAGAUAGAUUUAAUGCCAGGCAGUUUAUGUCCUGGUUACAAGACGUUGAUGACAAGUUUGAUAAGCUGAAGACCUGUCUCCUGAUGAGGCAGCAGCACGAGGCGGCCGCCCUGAACGCGGUUCAGCGUCUGGAGUGGCAGCUCAAACUACAGGAGCUGGACCCGGCCACUUACAAGUCGACCAGCAUCUUCGAGAUCCCCGAGUUCUACAUCCCACUUGUCGAGGUCAACGACGACUUCGACCUCACUCCUAUAUGACCCGCUGCUGGACAGAUGGUUGUUUUGCCACAGCGGUCACUGUGGAUAUGGGAGGGCAGCCCACCCGACAGACGAAAGGAUAAAAAUAAAUAAUCAUGAGAAGCACUUAAAAACGCGGGCGUACUCCAGAGCGCUUAUCGGUCAAAACAAAGAGCACCCCCACGCCCUCCGCAGAGGGACGGACUCCACUGCAUUUUCUGUACGUUGUACAGAACCCAGGCCUAGUGGGGUAGACCAGGGUCCAGUCCACAAAUUUAGCCCAUGGACUGGAGUCCAAAGGCGGGGCUUAGCUGGGCCGGGCAGCGCAGGAAGCUGCUGUCUGGUCAGAGCAAAGACCAGAGCAAAGACCAGACAGUUACAGAACAGAACAGAAAGUUUUCACUUCUUUAUUUGUUUUCAAAGUGACUGUUCAUAAAGAAUGUACAGAUUGUGCUCUUAAUUUUUUAACUUAUUUUAUACAUACAGAUUGUGCAUUUGUAAAUACCCAUGUAAUUAUUGUUUUAAACUUGUAAAAACAACAAAAAAGUAAUAGAUAUUUUGAUUGUAAACUUUGUUCUGUCUUAUGUUUAAAUGGACCAAAGUUGGUUUUUUCCCUUCUUUUUUUUGUUUUGUUUUAUAUCUAGUGUCCUCUUUGUCCUCGAUGUUGUUGUUGUUGGCUUAAAUCUUAAGCAUGUUUUUUAUUUUUAGAUCCUUCCUUCCUUCCUCCACCUAGAGAUCCACACACAGCCGGUGGUUUAUCGUUUGCUUCUUUGCCCCCCUCUCGCCCGCCCCUCGAACCUGAGCAUUUUACGAUGCCGUGCAUGCGUUAUGUUGUUUGUACUUUCUGAAAAGCUGUACUGUGGACUAAAUUGUGAGGUUUACUCGUUUUCCAGCUUUUUCGCGCCAUUGUGUUACGUCCCUUUCUGCGACCUCACUCCUCGUGUGUGUCGUCCAGUUGUGUCUCGCGCACAUUAAAAAGUUUGUUGUGGAUUCCAAGGAGGAAAAGAAUAAUAAAACCCACACUUUUACAAUUUUAGUGUGAGAUCACAACAAAACCUAUUUUUUCAACAUGCCUUUUGAACGAUAGUUCUAAAAAAUAUGUCUAUUUUAAUAUUUACUUGUUACAUGACUUGUACAUAGUUGUAAUAUAUAAUUGAAUAAAUUUUAUUGGUUGUGAA